GCUUGCCUUGUCACAGCCAUAAAGCUGCACGCACACGCUUGCAAUACAAAGGCGCAGUCGCAAUUCAACGACACUAGUAGCAGCGGUAGAGAUCUUGCUCGAAAAAUGGUGCUGCGACGAGCUCUCCUGCUGCAUGCUCUCCUGGCAUGUGACGCGUUUCAGGCACCGGUCGCACCCAAACUCAACGCUAUCCCCCUGCACGCCAAGAAAUCCAUCUCGCCGAACUUGAAGGCGAAGCUGCUGCAGGAGGCCGAGAGCCCGUGGCGCACGGUCCGCAAAUUCAUCUACGGCGCGUUCGCGCUCUCCGCGACGGUCGGCGGCCUCACGGCGCUGACGCAGCUCGCCGCCGCCGUCAGCAAACAACCUGAUGCUUUACCGCUGGAGCAGACCAUCCAGAACGUGGUGGUGGAUUUCGGCGUCGUCGCCGCGUGCGCGUACGGCGCCAAGGUCGACGGCGCCGCCGACAGCGGGUUGGAGGAGGACGACGGCGCCCCUUCUACAACGAUUGACGACGAGGCCAUCGCCGCGAACCUGGCGACGCUCCAAAAACUCGAGGUCACGGUCGCGGGUGAAAGGGUCGCGAACGUCGAGACGCUGCGGACCGCGGCGAACCAGGCGGUUGUGGUCGUCGCGGGUCCUUCAUCUGUGGUCGACGACGCCCUGCGGGACGCGCUGAUCGAGCAGAAGACGCUCGCGGCCGCCGAGGUCCUCGUCGUGCCCGUGCGGACGUCGGCCGAGGACGCCGUCGAGGCGGCCAUGGGCCGGCGGAGCGAUUCGUAUGGUUUCGUCGCGCCGCCGGUGGACGCCGCCAAGUGGAAGGCCUACGCCGCGGCGGAGUGCGCCGUCGCCGCGGGCCAGGGCGCGGAGACGGCGGCCGAGGACGGGAUUGUGAUUGCCGUGCGCGCGGACGGGACCGUCGCGCGGCGCGGCCUCGGCAAGCCCGUCUGGAAGAUGGUCGCGGCGGAGCUGUCCCCGCCGAAGAAGGAGGAGGCGUCUUCGUAAGGAUCCCUAUUCCGAAA